AUGGCCUCCACUGACCCCACCAACGAUGAACUUCACCUUGAGGGUGACCCCGCGCCUGAGCUGCUUGAGGGUCGUAUCUGGGUCGAUGGCUGCUUUGACUUUUUCCACCACGGCCAUGCUGGUGCCAUCGUCCAGGCUCGUCAGCUGGGUACUGAGCUCUACGCUGGCGUCCACUCGGAUGAGGCCAUCCUCGCCAAUAAGGGUCCCACUGUCAUGAACCUCGAAGAACGUCUCGCGGCCACAGACGCCUGUCGAUGGGUAACCCGCUCUGUUGGCCAUGCGCCCUACGUCACCUCACUCCCCUACAUCACUCACUACGGCUGCAAGUAUGUCGUCCACGGCGACGACAUCACCUCUGAUAGCGAUGGAAACGACUGCUACCGUUUCGUCAAGGAGGCGGGUCGGUUCAAGGUUGUUAAGCGCUCUCCUGGUAUCUCCACCACCGACCUCGUUGGUCGCAUGCUGCUGUGCACCAGGACGCAUUUCAUCAAGUCUCUUGAGAAGAAGCUCGCUGGUGAAGAGGGCAACGGCACCGAAGAGGAACGUAUCGCUGAAGGAAAGGCUAUGCUGGAGCGCAUGCAGCUCUACGCCACUGACGAGUCUGGCAAGGCCCCCGGCGUCGAUGUCUGGCAAUGGAAGGCCUCCAGGGAAGCCAAGGCCGAGGACGGUGAAGAGGAAAAGGGCGUCUUCAACCAGUUGAUCGAGGGACCCGGACCCAAGCCCGGCCAGCGCGUCGUCUACGUCGAUGGCGGAUACGACCUCUUCUCCAGCGGCCACAUCGAGUUUCUCCGAAAGGUGCUUCUCCAGGAGGAGGAGCUCGCGCGAGAGGAGGGCUGGUACUCGGAGCAGGCCGUCAAUGAGCGCAAGGGCAAGGGCGAGGACUAUCCUCCUGCCUAUGUCGUUGUGGGUGUUCAUGAUGACGAGGUCAUCAACCAGUGGAAGGGAGUCAACUAUCCCAUCAUGAACAUUUUCGAGCGCGGUCUCUGCGUUCUCCAGUGCAAGUACAUCAACGCCGUUGUCUUUGGCGCCCCGUUUACCCCCACGGAGAGCUACCUCUGCUCAUUACCGCGCGGCCUCCCAGACGCCGUAUACCACGGUCCCACAGCCUUCAUCCCUCUCACCUACGACCCCUACACGGCGCCCAAGGCCAUGGGCAUCUACCGCGAAGUCGGCGACCACACCUUCGCGCACGUCAACGCCGGCGAGAUUGUCCAGCGCAUCAUGAAGAGCCGCGACAUGUACGAGGCGCGACAGAGGGCCAAGGGCAUGAAGGCCGAAGUCGAGGCGGCGGCACGCGAGCGUGAAAUUCUCGAGGAGGAGCAGCGUCAGAAGGAGGCCGAGAGAGCGUGA